UCCCCCAUCGCCACCGCUACCAGCUUGGCCGGAUAUUGAUGUCGGCGGCCGGAAGCGGAAGUGUGAGACGGUCGGGUCUCCCGGCCGCAGCCUCCUCGCUCGCUGGGAUGCUGUCCUUGGACUUUCUGGACGAUGUUCGGCGGAUGAAUAAGCGGCAGCUGUAUUAUCAGGUUCUGAACUUUGGAAUGAUUGUUUCCUCGGCGCUGAUGAUCUGGAAGGGGUUGAUGGUGGCAACGGGCAGCGAGAGUCCCAUCGUUGUUGUACUUAGUGGCAGCAUGGAACCUGCAUUUCACAGAGGAGACCUCCUGUUCUUGACCAACCAUGUUGAAGAGCCGAUCAGAGUGGGAGAAAUCGUGGUCUUUAGGAUAGAAGGAAGGGAAAUUCCAAUUGUGCAUCGGGUCCUGAAAAUCCACGAAAAACAAAAUGGCGACAUCAAGUUUUUGACCAAAGGCGACAACAAUGCAGUUGAUGAUCGAGGCUUGUACAGACAAGGGCAACACUGGCUGGAGAAGAAAGAUGUGGUUGGAAGAGCGAGAGGGUUUGUGCCAUACAUUGGAAUAGUAACCAUCCUAAUGAACGAUUACCCUAAAUUCAAGUACACUGUCCUUUUUCUCCUGGGCUUAUUUGUCCUCGUCCAUCGAGAAUAGACCCUCACCGGUGGAGGCGUGGAUCACCCCUCCAAGUAGACCGGGAUGUGAAGUGUGUCCAUUUCGCUGCUUCUUAAUCCGAGUUGGAUUUUGGCAUUUUCGUUUUCUACGACUGCUGUGUCACGGGCAGGUUAAUCUCAGUAUUUUGAAGAGUUUGUCACACUUUAGCCUUUUUGUACAUCGGUGAAUUUUUAUAUUAAAAACAUUUUAAACCAAA